ACGCCUUGCAAAAUCAUUUCCUUUUCUUCUUUCUCCAGCAAGCUUGCUUCCAAGGGAAGAAGAGAGAGAGAGAGACUAUGGAUGAAGGCGAAUCCUCGACCAACAGUCCGUCGCGUCCAUGGGAAUCAUACAACACCGUCUUCACCAACGCCAAAGCCGGAAUGGAGGGAGUUGACAAGGAGAAAGUGCAGAGGAUUGUGUAUGAGAUGAGUAAAGGAUCCAAGUAUUUUCAAAACGAGGAGCGUAAAGAAGCUCUUAUGAAACAGAAGAUCGAGCAUAUGCGUGAGAGGUGUGCUAAGCUCUCUGCCUCUGAUUUAUCUAAUUACCAGAAGGUGGUUGAUAGAAGGAUCUUAGAGCUUGAAGCUACACGAGACCUGUCUAGAGUAUGGCUGCAUGUUGAUAUGGAUGCCUUUUAUGCUGCUGUUGAAACUUUGAGCAAUCCUUCCCUCAAGGGGAAACCCAUGGCUGUUGGUGGCUUGUCCAUGAUCUCCACUGCUAAUUAUGAGGCAAGGAAGUUUGGUGUCCGUGCAGCUAUGCCUGGCUUCAUUGCUCGUAAACUGUGUCCAGAUUUGAUAUUUGUUCCCGUAGAUUUCCCCAAGUAUACUCACUACAGUGAUUUAACAAGAAAAGUUUUUAGGAACUAUGAUCCUAACUUCAUUGCUGGGAGCUUGGAUGAAGCCUACCUUGACAUAACUGAGGUUUGUCGAGAGAGAGGUCUUUCGGGCGGAGAAAUUGCAGAGGAGCUUAGAUCUUCUGUUCAUUCCGAGACUGGAGGACUGACAUGCAGUGCUGGAGUCGCGGCAAACCGCUUGCUCGCCAAGGUUUGCUCAGACAUAAACAAGCCCAAUGGACAGUUUGUUCUACAAAAUGAUCGAUCAACUGUGAUGACAUUCAUCUCUUCCCUUCCUAUAAGAAAGAUAGGAGGAAUCGGUAAGGUUACCGAGCAUAUUCUGAAGGAUGCCUUAGGGAUUAAAACAUGUGAGGACAUGGUGCUGAAGGGAUCUCUUCUCUACGCUCUCUUUACUCAGUCUUCUGCAGACUUUUUUCUCGCUGUUGGGCUGGGGCUUGGGAAAACAGACACUCCUGAGGUUAGGUCUCGUAAAAGUAUUAGCAGUGAGAGGACAUUUGCUGCGACAGGAGAUGAAAGAUUGCUAAAUUCAAAGUUAGCUGAAAUUGCAGAAAUGCUAUCUCAUGACAUGAAAAAGGAGGGUCUAAUGGCAAGAACACUAACACUUAAACUGAAAACUGCCUCCUUUGAGAUUAGGAGCAGAGCUGUUAGCCUGCAGAGGUACACAUGUUCAAGCGAGGAUAUUCUAAAGCAUGCUACAAAGCUGUUGAAGGCAGAACUUCCUGUUUCUAUAAGGCUGAUAGGGCUGCGAAUGUCUCAGUUCAGUGAAGAAAUCCGCCAUUCUGAUCCUUCACAGGGAACUAUUACCAAGUUCAUCGUUCAAAAGGAUUCAUCAAGGCAAAAUCUGGAUGACAAUGACUCAUUUGACUUAGAUGCUAGUAAAAAUUGUUUAAGUAACAAUGAGAGGUUGAGUUUAUCCUAUACUUCUCAUGACACAAGCUAUGAUCAACUGAAAGAUGUUGUCGAAUAUGAAGAACAAUCAGUAACCCAAAAUCAAGAAUGUAAGAAAGAGGAAAAAAGGCCGCAAGUAUUGGAAGGAGAUGAUCUGCUCAGGAAACACAAGGAGUCCAAAUCAGAUACAAGUGCAGAAAAGACCGAAGCAGUUUCAAUAUUUCCGCAGAUGGAGCCAUUAUUAUGGGUUGAUGGGUACAAAUGCAACUUGUGUGGAAUCGAGCUACCUCCAUCUUUUGUUGAAGAACGGCAAGAACACUCCGAUUUCCAUCUCGCCCAGAGACUUCAAAAUGAAGAAUCUGGCCCUAGUUCUUCCACAACACCUACUUCAAAACGAAGGAUUCUCGGAAAGGAAAAGGCAAAUUCCAAGACAAAGAAGCAGAAACCAAAUCAAAAGGAUGAUAGCAAACACAUUCCCAUACACACAUUCUUCACAAAGAGCAAUCAAAACUCGAACGACGGAACCCAGAAGAAAUGAAGAUGGCUCUGCCCCCACCGAGACUCAAUCUCUCACCGUCCAGUUCCCUCGGCGAAUCAAGAUCCUUACCGUCCAUGCCUGACAUCCUGACGUCAUCAAAAGCUCGAAAUCUUGACUUAAAGAUCCAGACUUUAGGACCGUUUUUCAGAGUGACAGGGAAGAACACAGACACUGGAGCUGAGGUAGGACGAGCAGAGGGAGUGGUUAGGCCAUGGUUCGGACGAGGCUUGGUUCUGCAUCUUGAUACGAUAAGGUUGACGAAAGAGACGAUGGUUAUGGAUAAGUCUCUCCUUGGAGUUGGUUUAUACGUAGGAGCUGUAGCUAUCCGACAUGGCUACGACUGUGGUUGCCGCACUGCUCAGCUUCUAGCCAUCUACGACUCUGAUCUCUACCAUUCUAAGCUGGUUAGGUUUUACAGAAGAAUUGGGUUCGAGGAGGUGAAAGAAGUGAGUGGGUCGUCGAUUGGAGACAUGGCUGAUAUGUUGGUGUGGGGUGGAGUUGGCACUCGCAUGGAUGCUAAUAUCCAUCAUCUCCUUGUUAAAUGGUCCAAAGUUUUCCUCAAAUGAGUUUCUUAAUGACUUGUGUUAUAUAUCAUGUUCAUUCUUAAAACGUAUCAGACCAUACUAUUUUUUACUAAGAUCAUAUGUAUACAGUAUACUGCAUCUCUAUUGUUGUAGUCUAUUUGACUUAGGAUUCUUCUUA